UGUGGCACGUGCGAGGCGUGCAGAGCCCGGGGCUGGGGGCCGGGACGCAGCAACAUCGAGCCCCUCCCCGGACUCUCGAGCGAGGAGGGGGCGUCGACGCUGCGCCGGCGAGAACCGGGGGGCAGCGCUAUGUUUCCCACGCUUAUCUCCCCCCCGCAUUUCCCCUUCCCGGGGCGGGGCGGGCGGCGCUCCUUGGCCGGCCGGGGCAAAUAAGAGGCGAGCGCGGGCGGCCCGGCGCAGUGGCUGUGCGGCAGCAGCACGGACGGCGAGCGAGUGAGCGAGGGCGGUGCUUCCUUCGCUCCUCCCGUAAGUGGCUCCGUCGGCGAGUUCGGGAGAGCGGAAGGGGGGCUCCAAGCGAGGCUGCCGGAGGACGGGCCACCCCAGCUCGGGGAGGGAGCGAGAAACUGCUGGCGUGCCGAAGGCCGCGGAACAAUCCCCGGCGCUUCCAGGUGCACCCUGAGCAAGGGGGCAAAGCAGAGCCACCUCCACCAGCGCCGUCAUGCAGUGGGUGGUGAAGAUGUACCUCCUGGGCCUGGUGCUCUCCCUUCUCUCUCUGCUGUUUGGACUGAUGGACUGCCUGGGGGACCUGAUGCCCCCCCAGGGCCUGGAUCCCUGCCUGCCCAGCCGGUGGAUGGAAUCUGAGGGUGGCAGCAGUCUCAGGGACAGCCCCCCCAAGGGCCUUGCAGCGGACACAAAGCUAAGGACCCACAAAGCCACUGGCUGCUAUUCCUGAGCUCUGGUGGCGCCAAGCAAGAGGGACACAGACUGUGGGUUGGGGUGGGGGUUAACCGGGGUGGGGCUGAGCGGCUGUGUGUGCCUUUGGCCCCCGUGGAACAGGGGGCUGGCACUAGAACCCCAGCUGGGCCUGGGGGGAAGCACCACCCCUUGUGUGUUGUAGCUUUGGGAGAGACCUUGGCUCUGCUGGGUUAGCUGGACGUAGGAAACAUAAUGGGCAGGAGCUGGAGCCCGUGCAGAGUGCACUGAAGACUUUUGUUCCCCUCCUACUACAAGCGAAGACUCUGCAAAAGGUAUAUCUCUGAUCCUCUGCUACAGGACACGAAGAAGAACACUGAGGACUAGUAACAAAUGGGCAAGAACAUGGCUUGUCUCUGUGCUCCUGGGUUAACUCCUUGCCUCUUCAUAUCAGGAAGGUCUUGCUGGCCCUCAGCACAGCGUGGGGCCGCAUCAGGCUCACACAGCUCCAGCCUCUUGGCUGCAACCAUUUCUGUCAUGCAGCUUUGCCUUGCCGUGGUGCAGAAAUGCACAUUGUAUAACGAGGUCCAGGUGGGGGGGGGGUUCCAGCCUUCACAUGGGACAGCCAUGGAGGCAAGACGAUAGGUGUGGGGAGGGAACCCUAAGCUGGCCAGCCCCAUUUGUCCGCUUGAGUGACCUAAAUUGCAGUGGAGAGCCAAACAGCGAACGUAACAGUGACCGAAUCAUCCGUUUUCUGCAGCAAAGGUCUGGGCAUCCUUUAUAGAAACAUCUGCACCCCCUUUUGGCCCAUAAAGGAUCUCUUAACGUCUUGUGAAAGGUCUCUCCCCCCCGCCCCAUUUGAGAGUGAGAAUCUCUUCAUAUGGGUGCAACCCUUGGCCAGGCUCUCACCAACUAGCAGCACCUCUUGGAAGAGGCCAGUUGGACCAUGGAGAUUGGAGGGGGGCUAAGGUGGUCCCUAAUUACAGUGGGGUCUUGGCUCACUUGCAGGGCACUCGUGGGGGCUUAUUCACGCUGGGGGGGGAGAGAAAGAAGUCUGUCCAUGGUGCUGCCAGUCCUGGCCAAAGGCUCUGUGCUUCUAAUAUGUGGUUUGGUGGUGAGAGUUUGGGGGCCAAGAUAGGCCCAAACAGGUUGCUGUCUGGUGUCAGAAGAAUAAACUGCCUGGCCUCUCUGCCUGUAAAGAUGUUGCUGUCAUGCCCCCUGCAGGCUGCUGCUGGAUUUGGAACAGAAGCAACAAAAGUCUUAACAGCAACGUUAAACCAGGGAAUGUUGGAGACUGUGUGUGUGUGGUUAAUUAGUGCCUUCCUGUAUUGGAUCUCCUGGAUCUGCUGAUGUUUCUGAGGAAGCAGAGAGGCUUAGACUGUGCUCUCUUGUAUUGUACCCUAAACUCAUCAUCACUCCCUCUCCCCGUUCUAAGGAGGAGGGUGGUCGCAUUAAGCCAGUUGAAUUGGCAUCUCCUGAAGGGUCCUAUUUGUUAUACCUUUAAUAAAUGGCAACUUGUUGUUUUAACCAACUCAAAACAUGAGCUCUUGUUUGUGGGCUUGCUUAAGCCUCCCCCACAAUCACUCCACUUUGCUGCCCUCUUCUGGGUGACACUUGAAGGAGCAGAACACAGCAUGUGCUGCCUCAGUCUUAAAAUUGCUACUCUCUACAGACAUCCCUUCUACCCACACCUGGCUACGAAACCAGUCAGAAGUAUGUAAACCCCCAGUUUGCUAUGAAUACCUAUUCUUGAAGAAGAGUUCUGUGUUUCUCAAAAGCCUGCUUACAUCUUUGUGCCCCACACUGGGCAGCAACUGCCGUCUCCAAGGAAGAGGCCACACCUGGUGGUCAGUGUGACAUCACAGCCCCAGCCAGCAGCCCCACCCCUCUGAGGUGUCACUGUGAUGCACCCAUCUGCUGCCUUGUGGCCCAGGGCCCAGCUCAACUCCACUCUGCCCCUGCUGCCUGGCCAGCUGUGCCAGGGAGGGCCAAGGGUGGAGGUGGCAGCCCUAAAGGCAUGCUCACCUCUUUGAGUCGUGCUCCCAACCACCUUGAUGGCUAGAGGAGCCUUGGCUCGCAUCCCAGAUGCCGGCAAGGCGCUUGGAUUGGAAGGAGGGCUACUGUGCCAGCUGGUCCGCUCUCCUGAUUACAACCUGUUCCCCAACUCGGCAGUAUUUGAGAGCAAUUUUAUCCAGGUGACAAAGAAAGGGGAAUGGGUGGACAUCACUAACAUGCCCACCAUCGUGACCAUGGGAGUGACCUCCUCGGACCCCUGCCUCCCGCUCCCCAACGUGCUUCUGAUGGCUCGGUACAGGAUGCCACCUCGGAGGGGCAACAGCGAGGCUUUGAAGCACCCCGCCAUAGACCUGACCAGGCUGCUCCCGCUCCGGUAUGUCCGGCUGUCUGUCCACGAUGAUGCACAACGUAUUUUGCGCAUUCAGACGGUGACCAGGAAAGUUUACUACCUGCAGCUGCAUCAGGAGCACCCUCGUGCCGUCUUCGCCUUGUGGAGCCGCCUUGCAGACAUCCUGCAGAAAGGCCUCUCCAUCACCACCAAGGACCCCGCGAUCCGCAUCCGGCACAGCUUGGUGCCAAGUGGCAGCAGCUCAUCCAGCAGCAGCUCCUCCACAGAGGUAACAGGCUAUGUCUGCCCUCCCUCUCAAGAGAAAGAAGAAAGGAAAGGAGGAAGGAGACGUGUGUCAUUUCAGGCAGAGGUCCAAGAAGAAGGCUCUUCUUUAUCCAAUGACAUUAAAGUGCUGUUCUAUGACAUGCCUCCCCCUCUGGUAUGUGCCCGCUGCAAAGGGCAUCUCCCCAAGACCUCCUGCAGAGGCAGCAGCAAACCCGGGUCCCAGGAAUCGGAUUUGGAUCUCCUGCCUUGGAUAGAGGGGCGAAGCCACGGACUCUGGCAGCAAGAGACGCCUUCCUGGCUGCAGCCCCUGUGCCGGCUGAGCAGCCUGGCUGCUGCGGGCUGGAAGUAG